AUGAAGUUUGCAUCUUUUUUGCUUUCGACGGGGCUUGCGGGACCUGCGAACAGUCCACCAAGUAGCAUCUUGACGUUUGAAAUUGAAAAUGAUCGAGUCGGACGGCGACUGGAACAUAUCGACGGAGGGGAAAACUUUGACUGGCUUGCUCCUCAUGCUGGCCCGGUUUAUGCUCCUGGGACUGAGGUUUCGCUCCUUUUGUCAAGAAAACAAGAAAAUCGACUGAGAAAAAAGCUUUCAAUCGUUGGUCAAGAAAAUUUCAACUCAUCUCCUCUUCAGCCACAACUCGACCGAAUCUUCGACAAUCUCGGCGUCUCAAGAUCGACUGAAUUUGACUUUUUUAAAUAUCACGAUUUCAACGAAAUCGAGUCCUGGCUCCUUGAUGAUGUCAGUUCAAGUUCCCUGGCGAAAGUUAAAUCUGCAGGAAAAACAUUUGAAAAUAGGGACAUUUAUGUUGUGACAAUUGGAAGUGAUAGCCAGCCGAAGAUCACUGUCGACUGCGGUAUUCAUGCGAGAGAGUGGGUCUCUCCAACAAUGUGCCUUUUUCUUAUCGAUCAGUUGAUAAACGGCGACUAUCAGUAUAUGCGGGAGGGAAUCACUUGGGUGAUAUUUCCAGUGCUCAAUCCAGACGGAUACCAAUACACGUGGUCUGAUGGCGGCACCAAUGCUUCGAAGCGUUUUUGGAGGAAAAAUCGACGCGUCAAUGACGGCUCAAGCUGUAUCGGCGUCGAUCUGAAUCGAAAUUACGAUGUUCGUUGGAAUCAGGCAGGAACGUCUAGCUCCCCCUGUUCAUUUACAUACGGAGGAACAGCCGCUUUUUCUGAAGCUGAAUCGAAGGCUCACGCUGAUCAUGUGAAUUCCCUAGAGCACGUGGGAGCAUAUCUGACCUUUCAUGCUUAUGGCACGCUGCUACUUUAUCCGUAUUCUGCCAAGCGCUCCUGGGAAGCGGACAAUAGGGAGGAACUCGAUAAUCUCGCAAAAGAAUAUUCUGACAAGACAAAAGCCGUCAACAACGAGUUUUACAGUUUCGGAGAAGGGGCCGAAAUCUUUGGAGAAGUAGCUGGUGGAUCUGAUGAUUGGGCGCACAAAUCCGGAAUUCCGAUCUCUUAUACCAUCGAACUCAGAGAUCGAGGAACUUAUAAGUUUGCCUUGCCCGAGUCGAUGAUUGAGCGAACUGUGAGGGAGAAUAUAGAAGGCGUUUCCGCAAUUUAUGAACACGUGCUCGCCAAGGCUGCGGGACAGAAGACCACGAGCACGGUCAAAACAACAUUAACGACGAUGGAAACAACAACAUCAGCAUCGGAGGAAGUUGAGACUGAUAUUGAUCACUGCCCCUGUUUAGACUCGAUUUUGUCGGAAGUAGAGCAGUUCAGAAAAGACGUAGCAAUUACUUGCCUCAACAAAGAAACGGCCACAGACGCUAAGGGUAGAAAACCGACUUAUAUCCAAUCCCAAUGCGGAAACAAAAAACCAAUAGCGAAAAAAGUCGUCUGCAUCAAGAAAAACGGCGCUUGGAUCGCGAAAAAGAAUCCAUUUAAAAAGAUCAUCAAGAAAAAAUGCUGA